AUGGUAGUCAUUUUUCUAUCACUUUUACAUAUCUCAAAUUCAGGACAAUGGAUAUUUGGUGAAUUUAUGUGCAAAAUAAAUGUAUUUUUUCAACAGUUUGUACUUCUUAUAUCAAUUCUUUCUUUAUUAUUAAUGUGUGCUGAAAGAGCUAUUGGUAAAAAUAGUUUAUUAAAAAAUGUUAUAAGUAAAAAUAAUAUAUAUUUUUGUAUUUUUGGAAUUUACAUCAUUUCAAUUAUAUGUUGUAUUCCAUUAUUUCUUAAAGAUUUUGUUACUUUACCAGAUAGAUAUCAUUUUCAAUGUCUUUUAAAUGGACAAGCACCUAUAGGUUAUACAUAUUUUAUGAUUUUUUUAUAUAUCAUAAUUACAUUAACAAUAGGAAUUGGACUUAUUUUAAUAAGAAUACAAAAACAUGUUCAUAGAUCACUUCCUAACUCACAAGAAGAAUAUGGAAGAUUUAUUAAUGAAACAAGAGAAUUACAUGAAAAUACAAAUUUAACAAAAUUAACAGUCUAUCUUUUAAUAACAUAUGCUAUAUUACAAUUACCAUAUAUAAUAUUAAUUUUUUAUAAUAGAUUUAAAGAAGCUUCUCUUUAUGAAUCAUCAACAUCAUUUAUUUCAAUAUAUUCUGAUUUUGAAACAUUAAUAACAUUUUUAAGAUUUAUGUUUCCUUUUAUAUCAGCUAUAAUAAUAUCAUUUCGUUGUUUUGAUAUAUGGGUUAAAAUAGUUAAUUUAAUAUGUUGUCGUAGAACAGGACCUAUAACUAUAAAUCAAUGGAAUAAUAAUAUGAAUGCUACAAAUAAUAUUAAUCAACAAACAUUUUUUUCUGGAAAUUGUGAUAAUAAUGUUAUUACAAUUGUAGCUACUGGAAAUGGUAUGGAAUUACGUAUACCAAAAGAAAUUGUCCAAAAUCCGUUAAUAUAUGAUAAACCACCACCAUCAUAUAUUGAAAUGAAUAAUGAAAAAGAUAAUACAAAUGUUAAUGGAACAAAUUCAAAGAAUGAAAAUAUUAAUAUUAUUGAAGGAGAUCCUAAUAUACCGUCACAAUCUAAUAAACCUAUUAAUGAAAUUGUUACUAAUGAUAUAAAUACUCAACCUCAUAAAUUAACAUCGAAAAAUACAAAGCCAAAAAUUAAACUUUUUUUAAAUGCUGGAAUUUAUAAAAGAGAAAUUGAAUCUGAAUUUCUUAAUGAAACAACAAUUUCUACCAUUUCUGAUAGUGAUAAAAUAAAACAUUCUAUAAUUAAUGAAACAGAAAUUUUAAAGAAUGACAAUGAAAUUGAAAGUAGUGGAGAUAUUGAUACUUUAAUUAAUACCGAAACAACUAAUAGUUUAAUAAAUACUACUGAAAGCUUUUAUGAUGGAGUAAAUGAAAACAAUUUAAAUUUAAUUGAAGAAAAAUUUAUAGCUAUUGAUCCUGUUAACAAUUAUACAGAAAUGCAUACAACAACAGAAUUAACAUUGAAUGAAGAUAUAACAACAGAUUCUACAAUUAUUACUUCUUUACCAGAUAUUCAUAAAUGUCCAUGUAAAAUUUCUCAUAAUUUUCUUCAUUCAAAUAAUUAUUCUAUUAUAUUUAAUUUAACAAAUUUUAUUAAUUCAACAUUUUCUCCAACAAUAUUAUUUUCUCCUAUAAUUACAAAUAAUGAUGAUAAAAAAAUGUUUUGUGAUUGUGAUUGUAUGUGUAAGAUAAAUGAAUUACUUAACAAAACUAAAGUAACAUCUACAACAACUACAACAACAAUGGCAACUACUACUAUACCAGAAGAUAAAAAAAUUAUUUAUAUAUCAAAUAGACAAAGACAAUGUAAAUGUACUUGUGAUAAUGAAAGUAUUAUUAAUUUUCUUGAUACAAUUAAUUAUAAGAAAUUGAAAGGAAAAUUAUGUAAAUGUACAUGUGAUAUGAAAUCUUUAUUAUCUAUUACUACUACAAUAAAUCCUCCUACAAUUAAUACUUUACAACCAAAUAAAAAAAAAUUAUGUAAAUGUAUAUGUGAAAAGGAAGAAUUUUUUGAUAAACAAAUGACAACAACUGUUAAAAGUACAAAAAAAAAGUUAUGUAAAUGUACAUGUGAUAAAGAAUAA